GUCUUCACCGCACUGCUCGCUUUCCGAACCAUCAAUGGUCUAAUAUUAAAGACCUUCUUCCAGCCCGACGAAUUCUUCCAAUCCCUCGAACCAGCAUGGCAUUGGACUUUCGGGUCUAUGAGCGGUGCCUGGAUCACCUGGGAGUGGAAGGAAAGUUUGCGCGCUUCAAUGCACCCGCUGCUCUUCUCCGCCGCGUACAAGGCAGCCGAUCUUCUCUGCGGGAUGUUAAACUUGGGUGCUCGAGCGCGUGGUGAUGUCCUCGUUGCGACGCCUCGCUUGCUUCAGGCUAUCUUUGCUGCCGCCAUGGAUCUGUUCACCUGGCGACUUGCGGGCAAAGUUUAUGGUCGGCAGCAGAGCAAGAGUGCCUGGGCCGCGCUCAUUCUGAGCGUGGUCAGCCCAUGGCAGUGGUUCUGUUCUGUCCGGAGUUUUUCGAAUUCUGCGGAAGCGACACUUACGGUUGUCGCGUUGGAUCUCUUCCCCUGGACUUGGUUCCUUGACAGCAGUCCGUCAGCAUCCGAGUCUAAAGUCGAUAGCACCACCUUCUACAGUCAACUACAGCUCGCUCUGGUCGCUGCUGCCACCGCAUGUAUCCUCCGGCCUACCAACGUGGUCAUCUGGGCAGCGAUCAGUGCAUGUCUGGUGCUACGCAGGGGCACUUUUGACAAGAUUGUGACCCUACUGGAGUGUACCGUGGUCUGUGGAGGCGCAGUUCUGGCGAUAUCAGCUGGGAUGGACAAGAUGUUCUACGCCGAUUGGACGUUCCCUGCUUUGCGGUUCCUUUAUUUUAACGUGGUCCAAUCGUUGGCGGUUUUUUAUGGUCGAAAUCGCUGGGAUUACUAUCUGACUGAAGGCCUGCCUCUUUUACUGACUACGGCAUUACCAUUCGGAAUUCUUGCGUUGUGGCAAUCGAUCCGCGGCGGCUUGCUCACUGAGGUCUCAUCUACGCCUGCUGCCACGACUACGAGCAGUGGGAGCCGCGAGAUCCGCUUCAUAUUUUCUAGCGCAAUUAUCGCGUCCAUCCUCUCCUUGACACUCGUCGCGCAUAAGGAGGUCCGCUUUAUCUAUCCACUACUCCCUAUUCUCCACGUUCUCGCCGCAGGACCAAUCAAGACCUUCUUCGACACAUCACCUUUCGCCGCCCAACGUCGAAAAAUGCCCGCAUUAGGAUCCCCCGCCCGUCUGACCAUCCUCACCAUUCUCCUAGUCCUCAACAUCCUCAUCGCAGGCUACGUCUCCCAAUACCACCAACGCGGCGUAAUGGAUGUCGUCCACUACCUCCGCGACCGCCAAACCACCCGCCUCGAGCUCACCGCCAAAUAUAACAUCACCCUCCCCUCAACAUCUUCCACAUCCACCGCCCCAACCUCCGACCUCACUGUCGCCUUCCUGAUGCCGUGUCACAGCACCCCGUGGCGUAGCCAUCUCGUACACCCCAGCAUCGACGCCUGGGCCCUAACCUGCGAGCCACCGUUGGACCUCAAACCCUCACAACGCGCGACCUACCUCGACGAAGCAGAUCAAUUCUAUGCGGAUCCCAGUGCGUGGAUGGCGGCGCACAUGCGCAGUCUGCAUACCAUUGCGGCGAAGCCCGCAAAGGAUAUCGAGUGGGAGCAACUCGGGGGGAGGAAAUUGCGGAAGUGGCCGAUGUAUGUCGUGUUCUUCGAGCAGUUGGAGCCGACUAUGCAAACGGUGCUGGAAGGCAGUAUGUAUGAGGAGUGUAGAAGGUUUUGGAAUUCGCAUUGGCAUGAUGAUGGGAGGAGGAAGGGCGAUGUGGUGGUUUACUGUUUGAAGACUGUGGACGAGACGUCGCAGCGG